GGCCCGGCCCAAAAAGAGACCAACAGGGCCCAUUUUCUUACCUCCGAUGGCCGAUAGAAUAGAAAAGAAGAACGGAGGGAGCCAAGCUCUGCCGCUCUUUCGUCUCCGACCGCCGUCUCCCUCCUUCUCUCACCUUGUAGAGCCCUCCUCACAGUGGCACACGGCGGCGGCGGAGAUGAGCGUGUGGAACUACGUCGUGACGGCGCACAAGCCGACCAGCGUCAGCCACUCCUGCAUCGGCAACUUCACCAGCCCCAACCAGCUCAACCUCAUCAUCGCGAAAUGCACCCGCAUCGAGAUCCAUUUGCUUACUCCUCAGGGCCUUCAGCCUAUGCUUGAUGUACCUAUAUAUGGAAGAAUUGCAACGAUUGAGCUCUUCCAACCUCAUAAUGAGACUCAGGAUUUCCUUUUCAUUGCUACGGAAAGGUACAAAUUCUGUGUCCUGCAGUGGGAUGCAGAAAAAUCAGAGCUUCUCACCAGAGCCAUGGGAGAUGUUUCUGAUCGCAUUGGCCGCCCUACAGACAAUGGACAGAUCGGAAUUAUCGACCCUGACUGUAGACUUAUUGGUCUUCACCUUUACGACGGCUUAUUUAAGGUUAUACCAUUUGACAACAAAGGACAGCUGAAGGAAGCUUUCAAUAUCAGACUCGAAGAACUUCAAGUAUUGGACAUCAAGUUUCUGCAUGGUUGUGUUAAACCUACUAUUGUUGUCCUCUACCAGGAUAAUAAAGAUGCGAGGCAUGUUAAGACAUAUGAAGUUGCAUUGAAAGACAAAGACUUUGUUGAAGGUCCUUGGUCGCAGAAUAAUUUAGACAAUGGUGCUGGUCUGUUAAUACCAGUACCAGCUCCACUUGGUGGUGUGAUAAUUAUCGGCGAGGAGACAAUAGUUUACUGCAAUGCCAAUGCUACAUUUAAAGCUAUACCAAUCAAACAAUCCAUCAUAAGAGCAUAUGGACGGGUUGACCCAGAUGGUUCUCGUUAUUUACUUGGUGAUAAUACAGGAACUCUGCAUUUACUUGUCCUUACCCAUGAGCGAGAAAGGGUUACUGGUUUGAAAGUUGAGUACUUGGGAGAGACUUCAAUUGCAUCAUCAAUUUCAUAUCUUGAUAACGGUGUUGUCUAUGUUGGUUCACGAUUUGGUGAUUCACAGCUGAUAAAGCUGAACCUUCAAGCUGACGCAAGUGGUUCAUUUGUUGAACUUCUUGAGCGGUAUGUGAAUCUUGGACCUAUUGUGGACUUCUGCGUGGUUGACCUUGAUAGGCAGGGGCAGGGUCAGGUGGUCACUUGUUCUGGGGCAUUUAAAGAUGGUUCCCUUCGGGUGGUUCGGAAUGGUAUAGGGAUUAAUGAGCAGGCUUCAGUAGAACUCCAAGGUAUCAAGGGAUUAUGGUCACUGAAAUCUUCCUUCAAUGAUCCUUACGACAUGUACCUAGUCGUGAGCUUUAUAAGUGAGACACGGUUCUUGGCUAUGAACAUGGAAGAUGAAUUAGAAGAAACCGAGAUAGAGGGGUUUGAUGCACAAACCCAGACCUUGUUUUGUCAAAAUGCCAUCAAUGAUCUUCUUAUACAGGUUACCGCUAAUUCUGUCCGGUUAGUUAGUUGCACCUCUCGAGAGCUAGUGGAUCGAUGGAAUGCACCAGCAGGAUUUUCAGUCAAUGUUGCAUCAGCUAAUGCCAGUCAGGUUCUGUUGGCAACGGGUGGUGGCCAUCUUGUUUACCUAGAAAUCAAGGAGGCUAAGCUUGUUGAAGUGAAGCAUGCACAGCUAGAACACGAGAUUUCUUGUCUUGAUUUGAACCCAAUCGGGGAGAAUCCACACUUUAGUUCCCUAGCUGCUGUUGGGAUGUGGACUGAUAUAAGUGUUAGAAUAUUUUCACUUCCAGACCUUGAAUUAAUAAGGAAGGAAAAUCUAGGUGGAGAAAUUGUUCCUCGGUCUGUUCUGCUGUGCACCUUGGAGGGGGUUAUGUAUUUGCUCUGUGCUCUUGGAGAUGGUAACCUGUUCAGUUUUCUGUUGAAUGCAUGUACAGGUGAACUGACUGAUAGAAAGAAGGUGUCCCUUGGGACCCAACCAAUUAGCCUUCGUACAUUCUCAUCGAAGGGUACAACCCACGUGUUUGCUUCAUCAGAUAGACCGACUGUCAUCUACAGCAGCAAUAAGAAGCUGCUCUAUAGCAAUGUCAAUUUGAAAGAAGUUAAUCAUAUGUGUCGUUUUAAUACAGCUGCUUUUCCAGACAGCCUUGCAAUUGCGAAAGAAAGUGAACUUUCAAUUGGAACCAUUGAUGAUAUCCAAAAGCUUCAUAUCCGCACAAUCCCCCUUAAUGAACAAGCACGACGCAUUUGCCACCAGGAGCAAUCAAAGACACUAGCAUUCUGCAGUUUCAAGUACAACCAGACUAGUAUGGAGGAAAGUGAGACGCAUUUUAUUCGUCUGUUAGAUCAUCAAACUUUUGAGUUCCUGUCUACAUAUCCUCUAGAUCAAUAUGAAUGCGGCUGCUCCAUCAUUAGCUGCUCAUUCUCAGAUGAUAAUAACGUUUACUACUGUGUGGGAACUGCAUAUGUUUUACCUGAGGAAAAUGAACCAACAAAGGGGCGAAUCCUUGUAUUUGCAGUUGAAGAUGGAAGGUUGCAAUUAAUUGUAGAGAAAGAAACCAAAGGAGCUGUUUACUCGUUGAAUGCAUUCAAUGGAAAAUUGUUGGCUGCUAUCAACCAGAAGAUUCAAUUGUAUAAGUGGAUGCUACGUGAGGAUGGUUCACAUGAGCUGCAAUCUGAGUGUGGCCACCAUGGGCACAUACUGGCCUUGUAUACGCAAACCCGUGGUGACUUCAUUGUAGUUGGUGAUCUGAUGAAAUCAAUAUCCUUGCUGGUCUACAAGGUAGCCUUUAACUCUUUGCUUGACACAUUGCAACAAUUCUAUUUUUUAUUCCAAUCUCUUCAUUGGGCCAAUUACCAUUGUUUUUCUUUUGGGCAGCAUGAGGAAAGUGCGAUCGAAGAGCGUGCUAGGGAUUACAAUGCGAACUGGAUGACUGCAGUUGAGAUGCUUGAUGAUGAAAUCUAUAUUGGUGCAGAGAAUAGCUAUAACCUACUCACUGUGCGCAAGAACAGUGAUGCAGCCACAGAUGAUGAAAGGGCCAGGCUUGAGGUUGUUGGGGAGUACCAUCUUGGGGAGUUUGUGAACAAAUUCCGCCAUGGUUCACUUGUAAUGCGCCUUCCAGACUCAGAGAUGGGCCAGAUUCCCACAGUGAUCUUUGGCACAAUCAAUGGGGUCAUUGGCAUUAUUGCCUCCCUUCCACACGACCAAUAUGUGUUUCUGGAGAAGCUCCAGUCCAGUCUUGUAAAGUUCAUAAAGGGUGUUGGAAACCUCAGCCAUGAGCAAUGGCGGUCGUUCCAUAACGACAAGAAGACGGUGGAGGCUCGGAACUUCCUGGAUGGUGACCUGAUCGAGUCAUUCCUUGACCUUAGCAGAAGCAAGAUGGAGGAGGUGGCCAAGGUCGUGGGUGUAUCUGUGGAGGAGCUGUCCAGGAGGGUGGAAGAGCUGACGAGACUUCACUAGAUGAAUGAGUAGAAGUUUGCUGCCACUUAUUCCAUGUAUGUCCGUGGCAACUUUUUAAAUUUUCAGUGUCGUAGUCGCAUGUAGUUUAAUCGCAGUGAGGUGCCUCCUCUGCAACUCGCAAGAUUGACCCUAUUUUGUUGCUUGGAUGACCCAAUAGCAUUUGAGGUGUCGGUUUGAA